AUGACGAGCUCGACGUCUUACAAUAACGACAAAGUCGUGAUGGCUGAGGUGGAAUACCCGGCUAAUGACCCAGCUUCAGGGGCGUUUUUCCAACCAGAUUAUAAGAAGAAUGAAGACUUAAAAUUGAUGUUGGAUGGUUCAAAAGACUCCUUAAAAUUGGAGGCUAUGAAGAGAAUCAUAGGCAUGAUCGCUAAAGGACGGGAUGCAUCAGAUUUGUUUCCAGCAGUUGUCAAGAAUGUGGUAUCAAAGAACAUAGAAGUGAAGAAGCUGGUUUAUGUUUACCUUGUCCGGUAUGCUGAAGAACAGCAAGACCUUGCUUUACUCUCCAUCAGUACAUUUCAAAGAGCUCUAAAGGACCCCAAUCAACUGAUACGUGCGAGCGCCCUCCGUGUCCUCUCAUCCAUAAGAGUUCCAAUGAUUGUGCCAAUUGUGAUGCUGGCCAUUAGAGACUCUUCCAGUGACAUGAGUCCAUACGUCAGGAAAACUGCUGCUCAUGCAAUACCUAAAUUGUACAGCUUAGACCCUGAGCAAAAAGAGGAGCUGGUGGCAAUAAUAGACAAAUUAUUGUCUGACAAGGCGCCGCUUGUUGUUGGUUCAGCUGCUAUGGCUUUCACCGAAGUGUGUGGUGACAGGAUGACUUUGAUCCAUAGGAGUUACAGAAAACUGUGCUCUCUGCUUGCGGACGUCGACGAGUGGGGUCAACUGGCCUUGCUGAACGUACUCACUGUGUACGCCAAGACCUGCUUCCCUGAUCCUAAUACUGAGGACUAUUCAACGGACAGUGAAUCAGACAAGCCAUUCUACGAGUCAGAAAGUGAGGGCACUCCUCGAAAGCAAUCGUCUCAUUCGCCAAGCCUAGACGCCGACCAUAGACUAUUGCUGCGCGCUGCGAAACCGUUGCUGCAAAGUCGAAACUCUGGCGUGGUGAUGGCUGUAGCCCAACUAUUCUAUCACUGUGGACCUGCUCAAGAGUUGCUCCCCGUGGCGAAGGCGAUGAUCCGCCUGCUGCGCGCUCCACUAGAAGUCCAAAGUGUGGUGCUCAACUCAAUCGCAUCGCUCACUGUCAACAAACGAGCAAUCUUCGAACCGUUCCUCAAAUCAUUCUUCGUUCGCAACUCGGACCCUACACACAUCAAGUUGCUGAAACUUGAAAUUCUAACCAACCUGGCGACGGAAGCGAGCGCCCCUGUAGUGCUCAGGGAGUUCCAGACCUAUGUCACUUCUAACGACAAAGCUUUCGCCGGGGCCACUAUACAGGCCAUAGGUAGAUUGGCUGUGGCGAUACAGUCUGAAACCGAGACGUGUCUGAAUGGAUUGCUGCAUCUUCUGUCAAGUAAAGAUGAGUGGGUGGUGUGCGAGGCUGUGGUGGUGGUAAAGCGAGUGGUUGGGGGUGGCGCCACUUCUGCGAGGGCUGCAGUCUCCAGGGCUGCUAAGCUACUCCGAUCUGACAGGCUGGCGGGCAACGCUCGUGCGGCGGGCGUGUGGCUGGUGGCGGAGCACGGCGCCAGGCACCCCCGCGCCGCGGCUAUCCUCGCGCAUAUGGCUUCUAACUUUGCUGACCAGGAUGAACUAGUAAAACUCCAGCUGCUGUCACUAGCAGUAAAACUGUCAAUCACACAACCAGACACAUUGCCGUUGUGCCGUUAUAUCGUAGCACUGGCCCGCUACGACGUGAGCUACGACGUACGCGACCGCGCACGUAUGCUACGGCGGUUCAUUGAACCGCAGGACGGGAAGGUACUACCGAAGUACGCCGCGGACAUUUACCUGCCGGAGAAGCCCAAGCCUACAAUACAGAGUAGCUUCAAAGACCGCAGCCAGUUCACGAUAGGCACGCUGUCGCAGUACAUCGGCAGCGCGGCGGGCGGCUACCGCCCCCUGCCCCCCGCGCCCCGCGCACCCCUCGCCGCGCACCUGCGCGCGCAGCCCGACCUGGCGCCGCCCGCGCAACCCAACACCGACGACACACCGAAAAACAAGAAUUUCUAUUCGGAACCGGGCAGCAGUGGAUCUGGUUCUGAAUCCUCGUCCGACGCUGAAGCUAGCAGCUCGGAGGAAUCCUCUAACGAGGAGGAAAGCACAAAUGAAGAGAAAAAGGAACAAAAGCCAGUCAAAGAAACCAAUAACUACAGAUCAUCUAAUUCGGGCACGUCGGACAGUGAGUCGGACAGCGCGUCGUCAGAUGAAUCUGACAGCGAUUCUGACGAGUCAGCUGACAGCAGCGAUGGGUCCAGCAAGAAAAAUGACUUUGUCAAUGAUAAAAAGCCCCAGAAGCCUCAGCCUGAGCCUAGCAAGGAAGAACCGAAAAGAAACGAGAAGUCAAACUUAGAACUUCUGUUAGAAUUGGACGAGGUGGCCAGCUCUUUGCCCACUAUGACACCCACUUGUGGAGGAUUCUUGUCUCCGCCCACUGGCCCACAAGCUGGGAUAGUUGAUGCGGACAGCAUAACCCCGGUGGGUCCUUCUUACACCUGCCCGACCUAUACGGAGGUGGUGUCCCGCGUGGUGUCGGGUGGUCUGUCCUGCAGCAUGCGCUGGUCGCGCUGCCCCCACUUAUACUCCCAAACCAUGUGUGCGAUAGACCUGUCCUUCACCAACCACACCGCCAACCAGAUCACUAACCUCAGAGUCAACAAAAAGACACUAACAGGGUCCCGGAACAUCCACGAGUUCAACCCAAUCCAGGUGAUACCUCCGGCAUCCACUUUUACGGUCACGUUGGGCGUGGAUUUCGCUGAUACCAUACAGCCGAUCGAAUUCACCGUCAUAAGCUCGCUGGGCGAGGUGUCGGUGUCGCUGAGCCCGGCGGUGGGCGAGCUGCUGCGCGCCGUGAGCAUGGCGCCCGCGCGCUGGGCCCUCGAGCACAGGAGCCUGCGCGGCAUGACCGAGUGUGAUAAAAAAGCCGUGAAGUUAGAGGACGAACAAUUGAUCUGCAGACUUGUGUUUGAGACUGCGAACCUCGCUGCCAUAACCUCUACGGGAGACUUCCUCAGAUUCGCCGGCCGCCUGAUGUCUUCCCAGGACCUGGUUCUCCUCUCCGUGAAGUUGGAGGCCGACUGCUGCCGGGUGACAGCUAACUGCUCCAACAUGGCGAUAGCGUCGCUCCUAACCAACGAAGUUGCUCAGGCUUUGAACAGAUCUUCAACCAUUCUUGCCUAA